AAUGGCCAAGGCGAAAUGACGGAACGGCCCACACAUGCUUGUGGUCGUAAACAGAAAGCGAACGCCAUCACAGGAACCGACAAAACCAACCGAUUACUGAAGAGUGAGAUGACGCUGGGAGGAGCCACGACGACGACGACGACGACGCAGCAGCAAGCCUACGGCGAGCCAUGGUACUGGGACAACCGCUACGCCAACGAAUCCGGGGCGUUCGAUUGGUACCAGAAGUACCAAUCUCUAGCUCCCAUUAUCAAUCUGUACGUCCCCCGCCACAACCACCUCCGCCACCGCAUCCUCGUCGUCGGCUGCGGCAACUCCGCAUUUAGCGAAGGAAUGGCGGACGAUGGGUAUGAGGAGGUGCUUAGUAUCGACAUUUCAUCUGUGGUCAUCCAAGCUAUGCAGGAGAAGCACUCCAAUCGUCAAGACCUUAAAUAUUUGGAAAUGGAUGUGAGAGAUAUGAAUGCUUUCCAAACCGCUUCCUUUGAUGCUGUUAUUGACAAAGGAACUCUAGACUCUCUUCUGUGCGGAAGUAAUUCACAACAAAAUGCUGCUCGGAUGCUCAGUGAAGUUUGGAGGGUCCUCAAGGAUAAAGGAGUCUAUAUUCUGGUCACAUAUGGAGCCCCGUUGUAUCGUUUACGGUUGCUGAAAGAAUCAAGCUCGUGGGUUAUAAAACUCCAUGUGAUAGAUAAACUUGUUUCCGAUGAUAAAUCAGAACAUCCAAUAUGGGAGCUGACAAAUCCUGUUCCCUUGAAUGAUGAUGGAAGCUCAGCAGAGGAAUUGCUAGGAAACAACCCUGAUGUCCAUUUUAUUUACAUUUGUACGAAGGAUAAUUCUUUGAAGCCAGGCCUUAAGCGUGAAGUGUCAGUCGACUGAGAAAGAUAAAAAUCUUCAAUCUCCUACAAUUCCUAUCACCGUGCCUGCAUUAUUGAUUGUGUUGAAAUUAAUAAUUACAGUGUUUAUGUAUGUUGUCAUGACUCUCAUGGUAUCUCCAAUUCUUUCGUUUAUAUGCUGCUGUGAUUGUAAUAUUGAAAAUGGUCAUGACUUCCAACUUUAUAAUUUUUUGUUA